UGGUGCUCGGUUUUUAUUAUUUUAAUUCGGCUCAAUUUCCCGCUCCGGGCUGGGCGAUCGGCCGGAAGGUGAGUGACGCCUCCUUUAACAAAAGCUCGAUCCGCAUUGGAUUGACGUCCCGCUCAGCCAAUGGAGUUACAAACGCCAUCCCUCCGCUCGCCUCGGCCCUGGCUGCCGGGGGGACCCCGCUCAAACCUGUAGCGCCAAGGCUGGGCCAUGGAGGUUGUGCUGGGGCAGGUAGAGCAGCUGCCGGCGAUCCUAGCUGUAUCCCGCUCCGCGUUGGUGCGGGACUGGGACUCCCUCACCCUGGACAGGGCUCUAGAGUGGGCCCGGUAUUUCCAGCACCUCUAUGACCGCUUCCGUACCCGGCCCCGGCUCCGGGAGGCCCUCGGGCGGCGGCUGCGCCGGUCUCAGCCGUACCCUCAGCUCGGCUUCUCCACACUGGGCCGCUGCCCACAGCUGUUGGGGCUGGCGCUACUGGAGAACCGCGCUUUGCCGCCCGCCGCCUGCCGCCGCCUGCUCCGUAGCCUUCCGCAGUCUCCCGGCGCGAGGACUGGCUCCGAGCCCCGCGGCCUGGAGCUGAUCGCCCGCCGCAAGGCCGCGGCCUGCCUGCUGGCGCUGCCUCGCCGCCCACCGUGGCGUCUCCCCGCGCCAGAGGCGCAGCUGCUCCUGAGCCGGCUGCAGGAGGAGGCGGAGAUCCCGGAGGCCGCGGGGCAGCUCCGCUGGCUGUGCGCUGUUCUGGAGCAGCUGCCCCAGCCCCGCGCCUUCGAGGUCGUGGCUGCGGCGCUGGCCCUGCUCAAGCAGGGACGUGGCCAGGGUCGGGAUGGGAGCAGCCUAGACGGGUGCCAGGCGAGUGCUGCCGGAGACGGAUGCACCGCCGAGCUCCUCCUUUCCUGGCUGCUGGGCAGCCAGGAGCGAUUUUCUGCCUUCUGCCUUUGCCUGCCAUGUUCCCAUCUUGCUUUCCUAGCUGGUCACUAUUCCCAGUUAAGCAGAUCUUAUUUGGACCUCUUAACCGUCUGGGGAAGCCACUUGAUCUAUGACCCCUUGCAAGGACGGUGGGUUAAAAGUUGCCUUGACGAAGCUGAAUUGUCUUGGGAAGAAUUAAGGCAGCGCUUCAGCUGCCUCUGUCAGGGAUCCACACUGCUUAAAGAACAGACCCAAGCUGCUCUGAAACUCCUGAGGACACAAGAUGGAGACUUUAAAGUCUGUGGCGUAAGUGUGUGGACUGACUUACUGAUGGAAGUAGGCUGCUAAUUCUUGAACACAAAAGCAACGUGAAAACUUAUAAAACCAAGCAAAUCUGGUUAACUUUAUUUUAUAUGAAAGACAAGACAACUACACUUCGUUGAAAACCAAAUGUAAUUGAGACUGAUCAUGAUUCUGACUGCAUCUGUUAUCUGAAGUCUUUCAGGGAGGCCUGGUGUUUUCUUGUAAUUGUGCUGUCAUUUCUGGUCAACACAGUAAAGGUCUUCCUUUUCAGUGUUUGUUGGUUAAUUAUCUAAUAAAAUGAAGAAAAUCC